AUGUUAAGGGGGAGAUGUUGAAACAGCGUGGGAUUAUUUAUACAUAUGUAUUUAUCUACAAAACAUUGUGAAGCAGAAUCUUGCUGUUUUCACACAGUUCUGCUUUGCAAGGGUUCUCCAGACAGGUGUUCCUAUGUGUGGGCAUAAAUCCUUUUAUCUGCAGAUCCAACUUCUACAAAAGAAAUAAUGUUAUGAUGCAAAUCUUUGUUUCCUUUCUUAUUUCCUUCCCUUGUUUGCAGCAAGUGCCUCUUCUCAGUUUGACUUUUCAUCGCUGUUGGUGUCACUGGAAGAAAAGGAUAUCAAUGCAUUCCUAGAAAACAGUGCAGUUUCUUUUUUAACUCUUGUCUGAGCUAAGGGAUUCCUUAAAAUUUGCGUCUGGCUUUCAGAAUUUGGCAGAAGACUUAUUGUAGGCUAAGGGGACUUUGGGGCUGCUCUAUGGCUUCUUGAAGGUGUGGGCAGUGCAGGUGGCCACAGCUCCAGCAGCUCCAGUUGGGUCUGGCAGCUCCGGGCAGGGGUUGCUGGACAAGAGGUGAAUGAAGGCUGCUCGUAGCGGUUGACACGCUCUGCUGACAGGCUCUGAGUGCCCCAGCUGGGCAGCGCCGGGUCCGGGUGCAGUGCCAAAACAAAACCGCCGAGCAACUCACAGGGAGGCACCUGCAGGUUGAGAUGCUGCCUCCCAACCAGGCUGCAACUCUAACCCCCGCCUCCUUUUAAGAGGCGUUAAGAGACGUUGCACUGAUCUGUUGCUUUCCCUUCGGCUUUGCAGCUGCCGUAAAAGUUGGCUGGGAGGACGAGUGUGUGCGUCUGUAGGUGGCAAUUCCGAGAGGAAGGUCCAUCCCAAUGGAGCCCAGCUAGGUGAGGGACGGGCAGGCUCGUUGUGACAUAAGUCUUUGGGGAUUGUGGCAGAGAGAGAGAGAGAGGCAGAGACAGCCGGAGCCCGCAGCUGUACCGGACCCGGAUCAGACAGCGGGGUGAGCGCCCGCAUCUCCAGCUCAAAGCAGGGACACAGAAGCAGAAAUCAUGGCAACGUGGAGUGGUUUCAUUUCUUCGUCACCUGUCUCUCAUCAAUAAUUCACCUGACGGUUUUUUUUUUUUUCCUCCCCUUUCCUUUUUUCCCCCCUACCUACCACUCUCCUCAUUAAUCUCUUUUUUGAUGCGGAGAGUGAGGGGAGAAAAGCGUGCACCGGAAAGUCUUUAUUUUGUUCGGCUGCUUUUGUAAAGAGCUCGCGAAAGGACCAGGUAAAUUAAAAAAAGAAAAAAGAAAAAGGCACCAAGUGGUGGCGGGCGGGAGGAGGAGAAGACGGAGAGGUAAAUAAAUAAAUAAAUAAAUAAAAGAAGGGAAGAAGCCGGCAGAAAGAAGACUUUCAGAGCGGCUGCCGCUGCUGCCGGCGGGGAGCGCCGCUGUGCGCGGUGGCCGGAGCGGGGCGCGGAGCGGCCGCGGGUGCGGACCAUGGGCUGGCGGCUGCUGCCCGCCGUGCUCCUGGCCCUGGCGCUGGGCGGCCCCGCGGCGCGGGCGCAGAACGAGACGGAGCCCAUCGUCCUGGAGGGCAAGUGCCUGGUGGUGUGCGAUUCCAACCCGACCACCGACGCCAAGGGCUCGUCCUCCUCUCCGCUGGGCAUCUCGGUGAGGGCGGCCAACUCGAAGGUCGCCUUCUCGGCGGUCAGGAGCACCAACCACGAGCCCUCCGAGAUGAGCAACAAGACGCGCAUCAUCUACUUCGACCAGAUCCUAGUAAACGUGGGCAAUUUUUUCACAUUGGAAUCUGUCUUUGUGUCACCAAGAAAAGGAAUUUACAGCUUCAGUUUUCACGUGAUUAAAGUCUACCAGAGCCAAACAAUCCAGGUUAACUUGAUGCUCAAUGGGAAGCCAGUCAUCUCUGCUUUUGCUGGGGACAAAGAUGUCACUCGCGAAGCUGCCACUAACGGAGUCCUGCUCUACCUGGACAAAGAGGAUAAGGUUUACCUGAAGUUGGAGAAAGGUAAUCUGGUUGGUGGAUGGCAGUAUUCUACGUUUUCUGGCUUCCUGGUCUUUCCACUGUAAAGUCAAUUUUCCUGUGACGUUUGUCCGGUUGUGGAGUCGUCAUUGCCCCUGUCACAUGAAGAUCAUUCUGUCAUCGUGGGAUUGAUGUUUCCUUAUUGGUUUUUCAUGGGUGAAUAUGGAUUCUCUUUAUGGAUUUUGGCCUCAUCUGAACUGCACAGAAGUUUCACAGAAUUUUGUGUGUUUGAAUACAAUAUGUUUGGAUUGAGACUAAAGCAGACGAUAAAUACCUAUGCUUAAUGUUACGGUCUAAAGCUGCCUGCACAUUUUAUUCAGAUUUCGUUUACUGGACUUAUGGAUUCAUGAGAGAAGUGGAUUUUCUUUAAUUGUGAAAUGACUGGAAACCAGGUCCAUAAUUUAGCAGAAUUUGAGUUCAUUCUUCAAUCAAGAGUUAGUGUGUUGCUGCCAAAGAACUGUAAAUUGAUAUAUUGGUCAUACAUGUUUCUGUCACUGGGACUUAGCUAACAUAACUCAUUCCAUUGUCUUGAGAAAGGUAAUUACUUAUGCUAAGUGACUGACUUUAAUUCUCCUCUGCUGUAGUGUCUUGGAUGGUUCACCCAUACAUUUAUGCUCUGUCACUGGCUAUGAUUGCAUCUUGCCUGCAGAAAGCUAAGAAGGUAUGGCUGGAUUUUAGUGGGAUCUGUAAGUUUUCCAAAAACAAGAGCAGCUGACAGCCAUUAAGAAAAAUACUCCUAUCAGGGUUAGAGGUGAUCAUCCAGGCACGAUUUUCAGAACAGCUUUGCUCUUCAGGAAAUCUCACGAUUUUCAAUUUUAAUUGAUGUGAUUGAUAAUAACUGCUAUAUUGAAAACCUGAGGGAUCCCUUCCUUAGACACAGACGCUUUAUUAGCAGGAAAUGCGUCCCCCUGUUUGUAAUUAUGCCCAUUUUUCAAACCUUCUCUUGUGUUACAGGUAUCAUCUGGCUUUGCCUUAACUCCACAACUGUAUAUAAUGUUAGAUUGUAUGCGUAACAAAUCUGGAAUCCAAAUAGGCAGUACCUCAUUUGGUGCAAUAUCUUUUUUGUACAGGUCAUAAGAAGCUCACAAACUCAUUGAUUAUGUCAUUGUUACAUAAUAAAGAUUAAUAUAUGUUAGCUGAAUUUUUGACCUUUGGAUGUUGGAAGUCACUUCAUGCUAUUUUUUUAUAGGAUAUAAUUAUUAUAUGCAAGAUAUGAGCUUUUGGGAUUCACAGAGAGUGCCCUGGGAGGCAGGCGAGCUGUCCUGGUUCAGUCUGAUGGAAUCCUAGAGGUAAUCAGAGUGAUCUAGAAAUAACCUAUGCAUUUUAUUUGAAAGCAAUCAGGCAGAAAUCCUGGCUUUGAGGAAGUUAAUGUUAAGAAUCACAUUGAUUCUGAAGGAUUUUGGAUGAGAUCUAUGCUUUAGGUUUUGCCAUCAGCAUUAAACUCUGGUGCAAUUAAACUGAAUAUCAAUUGAAAAUGAUUUUCAUGAGCUGCUAAUGAAACCUCCCUUCCUCUUGCCCUUCAGUGAUAUGAAGUCUGCUCAUGGCUGAUGCUUCCAUUACAAUUUCUGAGCAUCACUGGCAAAGGAUUGUGCCCAAAUUCCUAUUUUGUGUUUUGGCUCUGUGUUUUUUUUUUUUUUUUAAUUUCAGAAGGUGAGAUGGGUACAUAUGGGUACAUUCCUAUAGAUAGGUCAGAUGAGGAGGAGGUCAUUUGGUUGAGACCGUAUAGUCUCUGCACAGAGCACUGCAGUUUGGGUGGAUGUGGAAGGACGUGGCAGGAAUGCAAAUGAUUUACUUCUCUAAAAAAUACAUUUGAAAAUGUCCAUUAUGAGAGAUCAAAAUGUACGACUGCUACAGCAAAUAAAUGUGUAUAUAUGUAUAUACAUAAAAAACAUUCUGUGAUUGCAGCACAUAACAUGCAUGCCAUUAUGAAAAAUUUAUUUUCCAUUGGAGUUGAUUUCAGAAGGGAACAUCAGCACUUCUCUAUUUUGUAUAAAAUCAGUGGAAUCUCAAAGCUCGCUUUAGCCACUGACUUCUGUGAAAUGUAACUGCAAUGCUGCUCCUGCACAGAUGGAAGAGGAAUGGUACUAAAAGUGUCUGUAUACUUUUUGGAAUGAUCAAAUGUAUCCAACUCCUUCAGUCUGUAAACUUAUGAUCUCUUAAAGCUGCCUUCAGCAGUAAUACUCAGCUCUUAAUAUACUGCUGAUUUCCCCUUGGCAAAACGUUUCCUCUUGCUUCUGAGUUGUUAACAGAUAUUUAAACUUGAACCAGAGUCUAGGAAAUUAUUCAAUUAAGAGAUGCAUUUUGAUAGAAAUGCCCUAUG